AUGGAAUUACCCAUUGAGCGUGAACAAAACAACAUAAUCUUCCUUCUUGCCUCUUCUUGUGAUCAAUUCCAAAUCCCUAGCUACCAAAUCCGAAUCCGAAGUCGCCUCUCCCGUCAAUCCAAAAUCACCUUUCCCAUUAAUCCAAAUUCGCCUCUUCUUCCCGUCAUUGUUGUGAACUCUUCUUCUAUACCAUCGGCGAUCAAAGACCUGCAUAUUGCUGUUCCUGUGUUGAAGUCCUCAAUCUCAGUUUCUCAAAAUGUUUUACUUCGCAUCGGGAACGUAGAAAAGUCAAGAAUCAACCCCUUACAGGUAUUUUAAGAUACAAGUUGAGCAGGAAACUUUUGGUAUUAGUUGUGAAUAAUACGUGAAUUCUAUCCAUACUUGUAAUAAUUCUUUGGUUUUCAUUAUAAGGACAUAUUAGAAUAAUAUGAAACUCAUAAUUUUUUUUUCUUAUUUUUUAUGAUUGUGGAGGGUAUAGAAGCUCUUAUGAUGAUUGUAAUAAAUAUAUAAUGAAUGUCAAUGAUUGUU